GUUACCUAUCAAGUUCGCCCGAGUUGCCGUGAUAUUUUCAAUCUGGUGAUAGUAUGGCCUCCUCUAUUGUUGUACGCAUCAAAGACGCAUUCUGGAGUCGAAUCACGCUAGGAAUAUUGACUGGUGGAAUAGCUUUGACCUGUCCAGAGUCACUUCCAUCGUGGCUACUACUAACGUUGUGUUGUCCAGAGUGGGUCAGUUCCCUAGCAAAAUCGACUCUAUACCAAAGAAUAGUCCUCUCUGUCUAUACUCUGUGUGUGACAUUGGGUCUUGACCUUGGUUUUAUGUGCCUGUGGUGGUGUUGUGCUGCCUUACGAAAUACUCGCGUCAGUCCUAGUGGAAUUAGUUUUGCUGGAAAAUCACUGAAAUUAGACAACAAUGAUGAUGCAAAAGAUGUUAUUGAAGCCAUUGAUAAUUGCAGUGAUCUACAGUAUCUCAAUCUUGAAGGAAAUACUCUUGGUGUUGAUGCUUCAAAGGGAAUAGCCAAAGCCUUAGAGAAUCAUCCUGAAUUCAAAAGAGCUUUAUGGAAAGAUCUGUUCACUGGUCGAAUGAAAACUGAAAUUCCCAAAGCUUUGGAAUAUCUUGGAAAUGGUUUGGUUACUGCUGGGGCCCGUUUAACAGAACUUGAUCUCAGUGACAAUGCAUUUGGUCCUAUUGGGGUGCAAGGAUUAGCAGAACUUCUCAAAAGCUCAUCUUGUUAUGCACUAGAAGAACUUCGGCUUAACAAUAAUGGUUUAGGCAUAACUGGAGGCAAGUUGUUGGCAUCGGCCUUGACAGAUUGCUAUAAUUGUAGCAAAAGUAAAGGCAAACCGUUGGCACUGAAAGUUUUCAUUGCUGGCAGGAAUCGAUUGGAAAAUGAUGGUGCCAAAGCACUGGCUCAAGUAUUCAAAAUGGUAGGCACCUUGGAGGAGAUAUCUAUGCCUCAAAAUGGUAUUUAUCAUCCAGGAAUAUCUGCUUUAUCAGAUGCAUUCACUCACAAUAAGAACCUUCAAGUUUUGAACUUGAAUGAUAAUACUAUUGGACCAAAAGGUGCAGAGGCAAUAGCUUCUGCUAUGCCUAAUUUGCAGAACUUGAGAGAAAUCAAUUUUGGAGAUUGUCUGUUGAAAACCAAAGGAGCACUUCUGUUAGCAGAAUCUUUGAAGAACUUUCAUCAAAACUUGGAAGAAUUAACACUUGGAUUCAAUGAGAUCAAGAAAAACGGAGGAAUUGGGAUAGUGGAAGCUAUGGCAAACAAAAGCAAAUUAAAACAACUGAUACUCGAUGGAAAUCAAUUUGGUGAACAGGGGCAAGAGGAGAUCAAGAAGAAAUUAAAAGAAAUUGGUAAACUACAUACUUUGGGAAGUCUGGAGGAAAAUGAAUCAGAAGACAGUGAAGAGGAUACAGAUGAUGAAAAUGUUGAUGAUGAAAGUGAAGAACACUCAGAAAUUGAACAUAGUGAGAAGGAAAAUGAUGUUAUAGAAGUACCUCCCUCAAUCCCUACAACUAUAACUGUGGAAGAGUUUCUCAAAACUCCUAGUUCCAAUAACUUUCUAGCACUAGGAAAUGAUAGAAUAGAUUUGAUCUUCAGAUAUGUCAAGGAACACCAAGAUAUAGCAGACUAUAUGAAAGUUCUGAUGAAAGUAUCGACUUUAAGCAAUGAUACAAAACCUGAAGUGGCGGAUUCAUCCUUAAAGUGUUCCGAAUUUUUGUACAAGGAUUUGUUCACUAUGGCUCAGAAAAAUGAUCAAACUUCGUUGGUGAAUAACAGCAUAUUGGUGAAUUUAGGUUUGAUCAAGAAUGAAGAUAAAAAAGAAAAGAUAGCAUGGGAUUUGGAUGGCUGUUUACAUGCUUUGAAAUAUAUUGCCAGCAAAAACUAUGUCCCUCAAAGUACAAAGGAUACCCUUAAAGUCUUUAUGAAGAGGGAAAUUGACAACAAUAAAGACCAAUUGGGAAUUAAAAAACAAAUCUGGUCAACAUUAAGCUGAAACCGUCGAUAAUUUAUUCAAUAAAUGUUGUCUUUGUU